AUGAUACCCGUUCUGGUCAUCCUUUCGGGAAUAUUUGCUGGACUCACGCUCGGGUACAUGUCGCUCGACGAGACGCAGCUGCACGUUCUUUCCGUAUCCGGCUCUCCAAAGCAAAAAAAAUACGCUCGACAGAUCAUGCCUAUACGAAAGAAUGGGCAUCUGCUUCUCACAACCUUGCUCAUCGCUAACAUGAUCGUGAACGAGACUCUGCCCGUCGUAUCGGACAACGUGCUCGGCGGAGGCGUCGAAGCUGUCGUAAUCUCCACAGUACUGAUCGUCAUCUUCUCGGAGAUCAUUCCCCAAUCCGUGUGCUCCCGGUAUGGCCUCGCUAUAGGCGCGAAGAUGGCCCUCCCGACGCGUUGCCUCAUCUACCUGCUCUUCAUCGUCUCCUGGCCAGUGGCCAAAGUGCUCGAGCUCAUCCUCGGCCCGCACCAAGGCAUCAUCUACCGCCGACAAGAGCUGAAAGAGCUCAUCAACAUGCAUCUUGCCGGUGAAGGGGGGAAAGGUGACCUUGCCGGGGAUACGGUCAACAUGGUUGGCGGAGCGCUGGAUUUCCAGGUGAAGAAGGUCGAGGAUGCGAUGACCCCACUGAGCAAGGUGUUCCACCUCGAGGCGGACGCCAAGCUGGACUAUGAGACGCUGGCGAUGGUGGUCAAGAGCGGGCACUCUCGCAUACCUAUCUUUGAAACGAACAAGGAAGAAGGGCAGGAACGGAUAAAGUGCCUGGGUAUUCUUUUGGUCAAACAGUGUGUCCUGCUCGAUCCGGAAGAUGCCACUCCCGUCCGGUCAAUUCCGCUCAACAAAAUCCCUAUCGUGUCGUUCGACGAGCCCCUGCUGGGCAUUCUGGAUCGUUUUCAGGAGGGCCGCUCACAUAUCGCCCUCGUCUCGCGUAUCCCUCGUCAACAAGAGCCACAGCUGCAAAAAGUCAACGGGGACGUCAAAGAGCACAAACAGGCGAAGGAGAGCCUGACCCGCCGAUUCCUCAACAAGAUUCACCUAGGUGACUCGGACAGCGAGGAGGAUGAGUCCACGGCGGCCGGUGACAUGGAAAAAGGAGGAAGCACGUCGGGGAAAAAGGAUGCCGCAGGUAGUAGGUUUUCGAACAAUCUCGAGCAGGUCAUGCCCGCGGAUGCGGUGCUCGAUAAGGAUGGCGCGGAACGCUUCCUCCAGACUCUGGAAGGGAACCCUCUCGGCAUCAUCACGCUGGAAGAUGUGCUGGAAGAAUUGAUAGGCGAGGAGAUUCUGGACGAAUUCGACCUCACAGGCGCACAGGCUCUCCCAGCAUCGUCUUUCGUCCCAGAAGAGGCGAAGCGUGCGGUGGACGCGGCACGUUCUAGCGGGAGGGCGAAGAGGGUCGCACAGGGACUGAGGAUCGUCAAGCGUGCGCAGAGUACACCGACAUCUGCCACCCAGCUGGGAGAGCAAGAUCAGCCCCUUGCUGGAGGGGAGGGCGAGGCGGAGACUCUGGCCACCCCCAGGCCCGCAGGAGUUGAUGCCCCUGAAGCCGCUAAUUCGGAUACGAUCGCCCCGUUAACCGAAGAACCAGAAGUCCUCGCUGGCAGCACGCACGCGUCCCUCCCUACGGAGCCGGCUGACGGAGGACAACGGCCGAGGAAGAGCGUGUUCAAGAGUUCCAAUAACGAACCAUGGGGAGGCCGACGACGCGCUACCGGGACUGGGACGGGGACUGGUGAGCCCGAGAGCGUGAGUGUGGGUAAUCUGCAUACAGAUCGGCAUGGGCGAGGCCCUGAUAAUCCCAGGGAGGGGGAAGAUUUCGCUGGGCCUUCCCCUGCGGCUGGCAUCUGA